GUAUAUACAACUACCCAACAAAUUAUCCUUGUCUCAGGAUCCUACCCUCAACCAGGGGAAAUAGACAUGGAGAUUGUGGUCCUCACAUGCUCUUGCUCUCGUCUCCCACUCUUUCUCUUUUCACUUUCUUCACCCUCUGCUCUUCUGCUUUGUCGCUAGACCAUUUUCCCCCAGCUUACCUUUCUCAAAGGAAUGGAAGCAAGCAAAGCAGAAGGGAAGAGGAGCAUGAAACAGGUGGCGGCGGAGGAGGAUGGAGAUGAUGAUGAAGAUGUUGGGGAGGAGAGUAAGAAGAGAAGAGCAUUGACCCUCUCCGGAGAAAAGGCCACCGGCAUAUCAGGGCCAAUCCAACCUUCUUGUCAAGUUGAUGACUGCUCUGCUGAUAUGAAGGAUUCCAAGCCAUAUCAUCGUCGCCACAAGGUCUGUGAGCAUCACUCCAAGGCCCCAAUUGUCCUCGUUGCCGGAGUCAGGCAACGCUUCUGUCAGCAAUGCAGCAGGUUUCAUGAUUUAUCAGAGUUUGACGAAGCUAAGAGGAGUUGUCGCAGACGCCUGGCAGGCCACAAUGAACGUCGCCGCAAAAGCUCUUACGACUCCCGUGGAGAAGGGUAAAGCACAGUGAACGGUCACUCAACCGAAGACUGAAGACGAUACAACCGUUUUGACAAAUUGAAGAUCAUUACCCUCAUCAUUUGUAUGCUCUCUCUCUUCUGUCAAUCCCUGGACUGUUAGAUUAGUAGCGUUGACAAUAAGAUUUGUGUGCAUAAAUCCAAAAGUGUACUCUGGUUUCUCCUCGGAUACCAUGUUCUUCUGCAACUACUCUCAUGGAACAACUGUUGAUGAAAGAUCGACCUCAACAGCUCCGCCAGAAAGAAAGAAACCAGUUGCGGUUAAUACAUGUAAGCUACCAAAAGACCCAAGCAACGAGGACAGUAGCGUAUGUAAUCUAUCAGAAAUCUGGCCCAACUUGCAGAUCCUGGAUUGGUUCCCUUGCCGGCUUUUGAGCUCUUUAAAGAAACACACCAAAGCAAAGGCAACCCCUGCAGGCACUCCAAAAAUCUAUCCUAUGUUUCGUCCAAUGACAACAGAAGGCCUGCAUAAUGUAGGAAUCCUUUCAUUUUGCAGGUACAUAACCUGGCAAUUUAGUAAAAAUUUUGAGAUCAAAA